GCAACUCUCGGCGGACCGAGACCAACGAGCGACGUCUUCUCCCCCCGCUGUGCCAGAAUACAACGCUUCCAGAUCCGACCUGCUGCCGGCGGCGACUAUAGACUCUCUGUUUGCGGACUGGGUUCGGGCAGAUGGCUGCUAUCGCCAGCUCCCUGAUCCGGCAGAAACGCCAAGCCAGGGAAUCCAACAGCGAUCGUGUCUCCACCUCAAAGCGUCGCCCCAGCCCCAGCAAAGACCCCCGCUCUCUCUGCGAGAGACAUUUCUUGGGGGUCUUCAGCAAAGUCCGUUUCUGCAGCGGCAAGAAAAGACCCGUUCGGCGGCGACCAGAUGCACCCUUGAAACCUCCACAGGUGUCCCAUAAGGGCUGCAGGCUAGAGCCACAGCUGAAAGGCAUUGUGACAAGACUGUUCAGCCAGCAGGGCUUCUACCUGCAGAUGCAGCCGGAUGGGACAAUCGACGGCAGCAAGGACGAGAACAGCGACAACACCCUGUUUAAUCUUAUUCCCGUGGGUCUAAGAGUGGUGGCCAUCCAAGGGGUGAAGAGCGGCUUCUACAUCGCCAUGAACGGCGAGGGCAUGCUCUACAGUUCGGAGGUGUUCACACCAGAGUGUAGAUUUAAGGAGUCAGUUUUUGAAAACUACUACGUGAUCUACUCGUCGACUGUGUACCGGCAGCAAGAGUCGGGCAGAGCAUGGUUUCUCGGUCUCACAAAGGAGGGACAAGUCAUGAAAGGCAAUCGGGUCAAGAAAACUAAGCCUUCAUCUCACUUUGUGCCCAGGCCUAUUGAAGUUUGUAUGUACCGGGAGCCAUCGCUGCAUGAGAUAGAGGACAAGCACCGCUCCAGAAAGAGCUCAGGGACUCCCACCAUGAACGGAGGGAAAGCUGUCAAUCAAGAUUCCACAUAGCACCAGUUACAGGGAUUUCCAGUAGGGGGUUGGGGUGAGGGAUGUUGGGUUGGCAUCUUCCUGACUUAGGGGGAAGGGGCCAAGAUAAAGAAAAAAAAAAAACUUCACCAUUCCCCCUGAGAUUUCUGCCCCUCCAUACUCUUUUUAAACAAAAGAGGGUGUGGAACAGCUGCAAGGAGCUAUAACUGUACAACCAAGAAAACAAGAACAAAACUGAACUCUUGCCUGUGAAAAUGUUUUAGAUAUAUAUAUAAAUAUAUAUAUUCUUGACCAACAUUUUAUGCAAAACUGAUAAAAAAAAGGCUGUGAAAACAAAGGAAAUAUGUUCUCUCUUCACAUAUAUACAAAUAUGUCAUUUUUAUUUUAAGUUGUGAAAAAAGCUUUAAUACAUGUUGAGUUUUCAUUCAAAACCCUUUUCCUACACAUUGCUGCACUUUAAUGGAUUAUUGGGUUAAAUUUGUAAAUGAUAUCCUCAGCAUUUAUCAUUAUAACUCUCAUUACUGAUUUACUGAGUGGAAUUCAAUAUCAGUGACAGUAAUAGUGGUUCGUUUAUGGGGUUUUUUCUGUUACGUUUUUUUUUUUCAUAUAUCAUCUUCAAUGGAAGAUCAAAGGUUAAGGUUGAAAGUUAUCAAUGGUAGGAUGUUAUUUACUCAGGUGUGUACUGUAAGUUAGACCAAUGUGACUCAGAGGGGAUGAACUUCCCUGUGUUAUCCUGCUGCUGCAGGAUAGAAAUACAUUAAGCAAUAUCAUAAAGGGCAAUUUGGGAUGUUUUAAAAGGAAUG